AUGGCAGAGGACAGCGAAGCAGUCAAUGUGUUGGAAAGCCAUGAAACGGCUGAAGAGGAGAUGGGGGCAGAUGAGUGGGACGACAAUGUAGACUAUGAGUGGGAAGGUGAUAAUGAAGAGUAUUCGAUCAUGGAAAAUGCUGGCCAAGACGAUGGGGAAGAGGUUGAUGAGACCACUAAUGGAAACGAACAGGAAGACACUAGCAUUAAUGAUACAGCUACAGAACAACAACAGCAGAGAUCGUCACAUACGCAUGGAAACGGACAGCACAAUCCUCGAUGGAGAGGUCAUGCACCGGCUCGUGCUGCGAAUGGCGGCAACAAGCAGUAUUCUGCCAUAUCCAGCAAGAUCUACAUCAACCCUUCUUAUGUACGCAGGGGAGUAGUGUUCCCUUUCCCGCUACCCAUGCAUAUUCAAGCCAUGGCUCCAUCUGCUAGUAUGCCCCCUAUGACCAACGUAAUGAUGCCUCCAUAUGGAACUCGUGUGUCCCAAAUGAUGCCUAUUAUUCCUCAAGCUCCAAUUAACUGGAACUUUAAUGCUACUGCGUUUGUGCCUGGAACUGCAAUGCAAAUGGGUGCUCGGCGGCAUGAAAACAUCAACUUCAGAGGCAAUAGUAGCCAACAAAACAAACAGUCCAUGUUUCAAUCCAACUCAUUAUCUAGUACUCACAGAUCUCAAAAAUAUCCACAACAAUUGGCUGGACAAAAGCGAUCGGCUUCCAUCAUAUCGGAUUCAAGAGAUACUGAAAAAUCUACUGGCGGAGAUUCUGCAACUUUAUCCCAACAGCUGAACCCGCCCGAUUUUCAUCCUGGGAAACGGAUUGCAAAAGGUGUUACCAAGAGCGUUGCAAUAGUGGAAAACUUUGCUGCAAAAACUACUGCCAAUUUGCUCAGUCAGAUUGCUAGUCAAGUUGCCCAAGUAACAAAUGUGACUCUCUUAGAAAACAAUACUAAAGCCAAGAUUGAAUUCGCAACAGAUAAUGGUGGAUUGUUAUUUAGGCGUAAAUUCAACAAGUCAAGUCUCGAUGGGGCCAUGCUUACUGUUACUGUACAGCCCUUGUAA